AUGUCUACAAACGUUGGAUAUGGUGUUCGAGCACCAGCAGCUAUUUAUUCAUGUUUAAUCAAAAACAAUAGUGAUGCUGAAGUUGAUGUUCAAAUUCAAUUUGCUGGUAUUGAAGAUCAUCAUGCUGAAGUAGCUGAUAUUGAAGUAGCUCAAGGUGAAGAACAACGUAUAGAUGAAAAAGAAUUUGAACAUGGUGAAUCCGAUGGAAAAUGUCAUAAAACAGUUGAAUUAAUUCGCGUUCGAAAAUAUGAUGGAUCAAUAAUUGAAUUGAAAGCACCAUUUGAUGGUGUGACAUCACCAAAAAAAGAUUGGAUAUUCGAAAUUCAUAAUGAUUCAAUUAAAUCUGUUGAUCCAAAGAAGAAAUGA